AUUCCACGGCCACACAAUCUUUUAUACAACUUGAAUGCGGCAAUAUAUUUUGUCAUAUAGUAUAAGCUAUUUUCUAGACAUCAUAAGAUAUUUUUCUCUCAAAGUAGUGGCAAUUUUUCAUAAAACGUAACCAACUUAAUUUGUUAAAGGAGAGGUAAAGAGGGAUGAAAGAGAUGGAAAAAGUAGGCUAUGUUCCUCUGUUUGAAACCAAGCAAUUUAAUGGAAGAUUAUUAUACAGGCUUUUUGCAGUGUCUAUUUUCAUGGCAAUAUUUAUGGUAUGGGUUUAUAGAGUUACUCAAAUGCCAGAAAAAGGUGAAGAAGGAAGAUGGGCUUGGAUUGGUUUAUUUGGUGCUGAACUUUGGUUUAGUCUUUAUUGGUUUCUUACUCAAGUUCUUCGUUGGAAUCUUGUCUAUCGACAUACCUUCAAAGAUCGACUUUCAAUAAGGUACGAGGAUUGCUUGCCCAAGGUGGAUAUAUUUGUAUGUACGGCUGACCCAGUAAUAGAGCCACCAAUAAUGGUGAUCAACACCAUUUUAUCAGUGAUGGCCUAUGAUUAUCCACCAGAAAAGCUCAGCAUCUAUUUAUCCGAUGAUGGCUGCUCAAUUUUAACAUUCUAUGCUCUUUUUGUGGCCUCACAUUUCUCUAAACAUUGGUUGCCUUACUGUAGAAAAUAUAAUGUACAGCCUAGGUCUCCUGCUGCUUAUUUUAGAUCCAUGCAUAAGCCAAUGGAUGCAAAUCAUUCUAGUGAUUUGGCAUCUAUUAAGGAUUUAUAUGAAGAACUACAAGAUCGAAUUGAGACCUCAACAAAACUCUGUCGAAUUCCUGAAGAGGUACACAAUCAACACAAAGGAUUUUCCCGGUGGAAGAGUUCAUACACUUCGAAGCAUGAUCAUGACGUUAUUCUUCAGAUAUUGAUUGAUGGAAGACAUCUAGAGGCAAAAGAUGUAGAAGGUUGUACUUUACCUAGCCUUGUUUACUUGGCGCGGGAGAAGAGACCUCAACAUUUCCACAACUUCAAGGCCGGAGCUCUAAAUGCAUUGAUAAGGGUGUCAUCAGAAAUUAGCAAUGGACCAAUAAUUCUCAACGUUGAUUGUGAUAUGUACUCAAACAAUCCACAAUCAAUUCGUGAUGCACUUUGUUUCUUCAUGGACGAGAAGAAGAGCCAAGGAAUUGCUUUUGUGCAGUUCCCCCAAUGCUUCGAAAAUGUGACAAAAAAUGACUUAUAUGGCUCCGUCCUUAGAGUGCCUAGUGAGGUGGAAAUAGAAGGUAUUGAUGCUUUAGGAGGUCCAUUCUAUAUUGGAACUGGUUGCUUCCACCAAAGAGAGAUUUUAUGUGGGAGAAAGUAUGAUAGUGAUUAUAAGAUUGAGUGGAAGACUCAUAACAAUGCUACAAAAGUUCAAGGAAGUGUGGAAGAAUUGGAAGAGAAAGCCAAGACCCUUGCUAGUUGCUCAUAUGAGAUAAAUUCACAAUGGGGAAAAGAGAUGGGUGUAAAAUAUGGGAGUCCAAUUGAAGAUGUAUUCACAGGGUUGGCAAUUCAAUGUCGAGGGUGGAAAUCAGUUUUGUUCAAUCCUAUUGAAAAGGCUUUCUUAGGGAUGGCACCUACCACAUUGGUUGAUACACUUGUGCAACACAAUAGAUGGAGUGAAGGUUGGCUUCAGCUCAUGCUAUACCAUUGUCCUCUAUAUUAUGGACAUCAAAGGAUAAGCUUGGGGGCUCAAUUGGGUUAUUCUCACUUUUGUCUUUGGGCAUGCAAUUCUUGGCCAACCCUUUAUUAUUGCAUUAUCCCUUCUCUUUAUAUGCUCAAAGGAAUUUGCUUAUUUCCACAGGUUUCAAGCACAUGGUUUUUCUUCUUUGCUUAUAUCAUUGUUGCCAAGUACUCCUAUAGCUUAGGUGAGUUCCUACAUUGUGGUGGUACAAUCUUAGGCUGGUGGAAUGAACAAAGAAUGUGGCUCUACAAACGUACAUCUUCCUACAUCUUCGCUUUCGUCGAUACUUUUCUGAAAUUAUGGGGAAUUUCCAAGUUAAAAUUUGUAAUCACGUCGAAAAUCGCCAAUGAAGAUGUUAUGCAAAGAUAUGAGAAGGAGAUUAUGGAAUUUGGAGUUGAUUCUCCAAUGUUCAUUAUCUUGGAAACCAUUGCAUUGAUAAAUUUGUUUACCUUAGUCUUUGGUACGUUGAAGAUGAUGAUAUAUGAAAGGGAGAAACUGAUGAUUGAUAGAUUUGUCUUACAAUUUUUGCUAUGUGGAGUUUUGGUUCUUAUUAAUUUACCAUUGUAUGGAGGUGUUUUCAUUAGGAAGGACAAGGGGAAAAUACCUAGCUCAGUCACCAUAAAGGCAACCUUUGUUGCUUUAUUAGUUUCUAUUCUGCUGCUGGCCCUGUCCAGCCUACAACUGGCAUUUGGCCUUAGAUUUGUAAUUGAUAGAGAGGAGUGUUUCUCCCAUAAUGUUCAGUAUGAAUGGGAUGUAGUCCAUGCCUCUUUUGUUGUGAUUAAGUCCGACUCUCCAUGGCGUACAGAUGAUGGUGUUGAUUUGGUGGUGAAAGGACCUGAACACGAUCAAGUCCAUGACAGUCAUGAUCGGAUUAGUGAUAAGUUUGACUUUGUUGCUCAUAAAAAAGGAGCUUAUAGUUUCUGUUUCACUAAUAAGUCACCCUACCAUGAAACAAUUGAUUUCGAUGUACAAGUCGGGCAUUUUACAUACUAUGACCAGCAUGCAAAGGAUGAGCAUGUGAAACCCUUGAUAGAACAGAUUGAAAAGCUAGGUGAAUCGCUUUACAACAUUCAGUUUGAGCAGCACUGGCUUGAGGCACAGACUGAUCGACAAGCACUAGUGAACGAGGCUAUGAGCAAGAGAGCAAUCCACAAAGCCGUUAUGGAAUCACUUGCACUUGUUGGCGCAAGCGUGUUGCAGAUAUAUCUUUUGCGGCGCCUAUUCGAAAAGAAGCUUGGUACUUCAAGAGUCUAAAAAAAGCUUCUUCACAUUUGUGAUUUGCUUGCUAUUUAUACUUUUGGAAAGUAGCUUAGUUUUGCUUUAGGCCUUUCUAGUUAUUUUUUUCCUUUCUUUAUAUUUAUAUCGAAAUAAAUAUUGUACAAUAGAGAUCACAAAAGAGGUAAUUUAUAGUUUCAAACAAGAUUUGUUGUUUAAGCACUUUGUUAUUUGCGUAUAUUAUACUGAUUUUUUGGCCA